AUGUUUGUACCUCUUGGAGAACAAAUAGUGAGUACUUCUGCAAUUGUUACAGAGAAGCAGAUAGCAACAAUAAGCACAUAUGAGGGGACUAGACUGGUUCAACCUCAAGUCACAAGCCCAGCAAAGGGGUCUGCUGUGAAUCAGGAGGUAACUACUAAAGUAGUUAUUAAAAAUAACGCUGGUGUUAGUGGAAAAACUGUAAAAGGAAUGGGUCCCUAUUCUAGGAGGGGAGGAGGGAUCCUCCCCCAAAUGGAUAAAAUUGGAUUCUGGAACAAUAGGGGCAUGAACAGACAAGAUAAACAGAGGAAGAUAUCUCUGUUUAUGUAUAAUAACAAAGUUGGUCUGUUUGGGCUUCUAGAGACAAAGAUUCAGAGAUCAAAAGCUUCAAUAGUUGCUCUUAAUCUUUGUAAAGAUUGGUCCUUUAGUACAAAUCUGGCUCACCAUCCUAGUGGAAGGAUUUUGCUACUUUGGAACCCUUUAUUGUUUACUGUUGGUAUACUGAGAAUGUCAGGACAGCUAGUGCACUGUGAUGUGGAGCAUAGGGGCACAAAACAUAAAUUUGUGUUAACAAUGAUUAAGGACUUCAAGCUCUGUGUGGGGGAAUGCUCACUGCAAGAGCUUAGAUCCUCAGGAGCAUUCUACACAUGGAAUAACAAACAUGAUGAAAAAAGCAGGGUAUACAGCAAAAUAGAUAGGGUAUUGGUGAAUGGAGCUUGGAUCUCUACUCUCCCAAGUUCAGAAGUGCAUUGUGGGAAUGAGGGGCUAAUGGACCACUGUCCAGCAAUUAUCACCUGGGAUAAUAGGAAUCAGCACCCUCCUUACAGAUUUAGCUACUUCAAAAUGUGGAGAAAAGCUCCUGAUUUCCACCAACAAGUAAAAACUAAUUGGGACAGAAAUAUAGAAGGUAUUCAGAUGUUCAGAUUAGUAGGCAAGCUCAAUAGGCUCAAGUCUACUCUCAGAGGUAUUAACAGAAAGCAUUUCACGGAUGUGGAAGUCACAAAUGAUAAAGUAAGGGAAGCUCUAGAGGAAUGUCAAAGAGCAUUACAGAAAGACCCUACAAACUGCCUAUUAGUAUCUACUGAAGUCCACCUUGCAAAAGAAUACCAAAGAUGGGAUCAAGCCAGAACUCAGUUUUUAAAAGCAAAAGAGCAAAGUGCACUGGUUGAAAGAGAGAGACUUAAAUACAAAGUCAGAGUCUGCAGUUCUACUAUCAAGAAGGGCCCUGUGGUCUCAGAUGAACAUAAAGAAUUACUGGUAGGUGAGGUGACUGAUAUAGAGGUGAAGAAAGCUUUAUGGGCAAUUGGAGGGGACAAGGCACUAGGGCUUAAUGGUUAUGGCAGCCAAUUCUUUAAAGACUACUGGGAUACAGUUAGUAGUGAUCUAAUAGCAGGUGUUAAAGAGUUCUUCAGAGCAGGCAAGAUUCUCAAGGUCUGGAACAACACUGUCUUGACCUUAGUACCCAAAUCAGACCAUGCAGAAGCAGUAGGUUACUAUAGGCCUAUAGCAUGCUUCAAUACCAUAUACAAAGUGGUUUCUAAAGUGUUAUCAAACAGAUUGAAAAUAGUUUUACCUAGCAUUAUUUCAGCAAACCAAAGUGCAUUUGUGAAAGGUAGAACUAUAGUCCAAAAUAUCCUAAUUUGUCAGGAUUUAGUUAGACUAUAUAAAAGGAAACAAACCACCAGCAUUUGCUUGAUUAAAAUAGAUUUGAAGAAAGCAUAUGAUAUAGUGGAGUAG